CGCAGGAUUCAUUCUACCCGGCGAUAGCCAGCGAUACGGAAAGUAAAAAAAUGCUUCCGAUGGCGGGUGUGGACACGUGCCAACCGACCAGGACUCAAGUUCUCGAUCAUGCUCGAAAGAAGUCCGCGUGAUUCUUACGGGCGAACGUAGGCGAAUUGGCUGUCGUAAAUUCCUUCUUUGGCGUUCUGCAUCUUUACGUAACCAACGUCAACGUCACCUGUACGAAACGUACAAACUGACUGGCUUCUUUUCUGUCCAAGAUCUUCGUGCACAACGCAACGCGUUAAACUCUACACCAUGAGAUUCUCCUUGCAAUCUUCACUUGCAGUUCUUCUGGUUUUGCAAGCCAGUCACGCAGCUGCUUUUUCGGCCCCCGUCUCAUCGAGCAAUGGAAAGAACGGAAUUAGAUCGUUCGCUCCGUUGAGCAUGAGUCUCGACAAGUACGCGGACGAGCUUCGCGACACGGCGAAUCGCAUGGUUCGUCCAGGUUACGGUCUCUUGGCCUGCGAUGAAUCGACGGGAACAGUUGGUACGCGUCUGGAGUCCAUUGGAUUGGAAAAUACCGAAGAAAACCGGCAGGUGUGGCGUCAACUCUUAUUCACCACUCCCAAUCUAGGUGACUACAUUUCCGGAGCCAUUCUCUUUGAAGAAACCUUGUACCAAUCAUCGACCGAGGGCGUCCCGUUUGUUGACGUUCUGACCGAUGCAGGUAUUAUCCCCGGCAUCAAGGUCGACAGUGGUUUGAAGCCCUUGUGCGGUGGUGGCCCAGGUGAAACCUGGUGCUCUGGCCUGGACGGGCUCUACGAAAAAUGCUGUAAGCACUACGAACAGGGCGCCCGUUUCGCCAAAUGGCGUACCGCGGUCCGCAUCAACGUGGAACAGGAUUUGCCAUCCGAUCUUGCCGUCCAGGAAGCCGCCUGGGGGUUGGCUCGCUACGCCCGCAUUUGCCAAGAAGCGGGCCUCGUCCCGAUCGUCGAACCCGAAAUAUUGAUCGACGGCACGCACGACCUUGCCACUACGGCCAAGGUUCAGGAACGCCUCUUGACGACCGUAUACAAGUGUUUGCAGGAAAAUGGCGUCUUGUUGGAAGGCUCACUGCUCAAGCCGUCCAUGACGGUGGCUGGUGUCGACUGUCCGGACAAGCCCAAACCGGAAGAAAUUGCCGCAAUGACCGUGCAGACCCUCCAACGCUGCCUUCCACCCGCCAUGCCGGGCGUCACGUUUUUGUCGGGCGGGACUUCGGAAGAAGACUCUUCCAUAUAUUUGAACGAAAUCAACAAGAUUGAUCGCUUGGGACCGUGGGCCUUGACCUUUUCCUUCUCCCGCGCCAUGCAGUCAAGUUGCCUACAGAAGUGGGGUGGCCGAGACGACAACGUAAAAGCGGCGCAGGACCAGCUACUCGCCCGGGCCAUGGCCAACGCGGCGGCAUGCCAAGGAAAAUACGAGCCGGGAUCCCAGCCUUCCGAGGAAGAAUCUCUCUACGUUGCUAAUUACGUUUACUAAAAACGCGAUACUCGGUAAACCUUUUUUUAGACUGAGACGGAGCAACAGU